AAUGGAAGGAUGGAUGGUGUGGCAAAAUUCGGUGAAAAAUAUCAAAAUAAUCGUACAUUCCAUCGAAAAUAUCGUGAGUUUUAUGACAGAAGAUACAAAUUAUUUUUAAAUAACCAAAAAUCUCUGUUAUUAGUCAAUUAAAUACUUUCAAUUUUUUUAUUAAUCAUUUAUUAUAAAUAUUAACAAUCUGUUAAUUUAAUAAUUUAAUAUUUGGAAAUUCAGGUGAGAAAGGACAAUAUACACAUGUCGAUCACGGCAGAACAUAAUGGCGUUGUUUUGGGAGAUAGUAAUUCAAUAUUAAUCAAAGCAAGUUAUGAAGAAGACGUAGUUCAUCUUAUUGAUAUUACUGUUAAUUUGUCGAUUAAUGUAAAAGAUAAACAGAUGAUUAAUUCAGUCGUAUCAGUUCCUGUAUUAAUAAAAGCUUUCCAAAUCAUGGAAAACGAGCAGGAAGGACAGACUCCAUCGGAUGAAAUUAAAAAAACUGAAGCUAAGAAGAAAUCGAUAUUCAAUACAAACUCUGCAGUGCUUUCCACAUCGAAGUUGUUGGGGAUUACUUUCACCGAGAAGCUGAUUUUAGAAACACCUGUCUUCUCCUUCGAUGGUGAGUUAAUUCCGUGGCAGAAUCUUCCACGUCUCACGGUAACAGUUAUGCAAGAUCAGACAUCGAUCUUCCAACCAGACGAGAUGAUAAACUUCCUUCACAUCACCAUCGAGAGUAUAUACAAUCUUCCAGAAAUUUUCACGGAGGAUUUUCAUUACAAAGCUGGCGCGAUAGCGUAUAUCGAUAAUGAGGUUCCUGAAAAAAUAAUUUUCGACCAAGGUAUGUGGGUAAAAUAUCGCGACGUCGAGAGGACAAAACGGUGGAACAGUUUACGCCACAUAGAAAAUCGAGCACAAUUGUCUAAGUACAAAUUGGACUGCGAUUUUAUGGGAGUGAAAAAUGAAUUUAGCAAGCAGUUUGAUUUAACGAAAAAAAUGUGCGAAGAUAUACCACGGGUCGAGUGGAAUUCUUUGAAUCGAUGCAUCAUAUGGGAGGGAGGAAUCGAAGCGAUGAAGAAUCAUAUUAGAAAACACAAAUUUUGGCCAUUUCAAUUUGAAGUAACGGCAACAGGUCCGCCAACAAAAUCGAAAAGCAUUUCAUCAUCCACAACACAAUUGUAUCAGUGUUACGUCGAUGUUUCUGAACUUCUUUUCCCAGGAAGAAGAAGCUGUCGUAUCGUGGGACAAUUGUAUAAAUUCAACUCGAUGGAAAACAUUCAAACAAUGGACAAUAUAUUUAGUUCAGAAUCACAACGCAAAGAAGUGAAGACAGAGAAAGACAAAAAAAAUAGAUCAUCCAAAAGAACGCAAUCGAUUCAAUCGGAAACUGAAACAACACAACAAAUAAGUGAGCCAAUUACUACAGAAAAUGGAGAACCAACAAUCGUAGUGAUUGAAAUAGAACUUUAUAAACCUCUGAUCGCUUGCAGAAUCGAAACGGAUUUCACGAACUUAAUAAAUGAAAUGAUACCUAAAGUAAAAGGUGAACAAUCUUAUGUGUAUUCCGGUGAUGUAGCGGAAACACAGUACAUACAUUGUAUUCAAAAAUUAGCCGAAGUCCUCACCGAAUGUUACCGAGACGAAUUAACGUGCUUCACGCAAUAUCUUUAUAAAACUGGAGUAUACUUAACUGUGCGCAAUACUUUAAGAAUGAAAAUUCCUCUCCUCUUAGAUCAAAAAUUCAAAAUGCCUGAAAGUUUUGUCGAUUCAAAAAAGUCUCACAAUUUUAUUGCCUCCAUAUAUACAUACUUAGUGGAACAAAUGCAUCUUGCCAUAAACCAAAUGGUCGAAUGUCGAUUUACACAAGGUACAGAGAAAGAUCUAGACCUAAAGCUAAUGUACUUCUAUGCUGAAGAAGCUUACGAGCUUGAAGAUAUGGAAACUGCUAGGGAAUAUUACACAAAAGCAAUAGCAUCGAACAAAACUGAUCCGCAUCCUUGGACGCGGUAUGCGAUAUUUCUAAAGAAAAUAGGCGACAUCGAACGGGCAAAGGAAUGUUGUUUAGAAGCGAUCAGUUUAAAACAUCAAUAUACAAUUGCAUUGUUAGUCUACGGGAUGAUCCUCUUCGAGAAUAAAGAAUACAAAGAAGCCGAGAUAUUUCUAAGAGCCAUUACUUAUCUGCAGCCACGAUUCUUUGAGGCCUGGGCUAUUUUGCAUCUCUUUUUCAUACGAAUAGAAUACUAUCCAGGGAUAGAUCUUGCGCUUCGUAUAGCAAAGAAAUGCAUGCAAGAUAAAUCUCGUACAAUAAUAUUAGAUCAAGAACCGCUUUCUUGGACCAUGAUUCACUGUCCUCAAGAUAAUGUGCACAUAAUGGUUGCAAUAUUUCUAUUAAAGUUACACUUUUGUGAGUUUGCAGGGCUCGCGUUAGCAGAGGAGAUGUCAAAUUCCAAUCGGUCAAUCCACGUUCUGUAUUAUAUGGCAGUGGAACAUUAUCUGUCUGGCAGAUAUGAAAAUGCGUUAUCUCACCUAGAAGAAAUUCGGUGCGAUUAUGGAAUGGAUUAUUCGGUCAGUAGUCUAAUGGGCCAUUGUUACUUUAAAAUAAAAGACACCGAGAAAGCAAUAGAAUGCUAUGAAUUUGCACGUAUACUCUUUGACAGACCUGAUAAUCUGCAUUUAGUGGAGAUUAGUAAUCACAAGUUAUCUUCUUCAAAUAAUACCAGACUGGGAUAUCAUUAUUACGACAUUCGUGAUUACGAUCGCGCGAAAAGGAUUUUUCUGAGCGCAUGUAAAUCUUCACCAACUUGCCUAACUUGGCUAGGAGUUGGUAUCAAUUGUUACGAGACAAAACAGUUCCACGAAGCAGAAAUAUCUUUAUCCGAAGCAAAUAGGAUUAACAAUCAAAAUUCGGAUGUAUGGGGCUACCUGUGCCUUUUAAAUAUGACGCUUGGAAGAUACGAUGAGUUUGCACAGUGUUAUGCGGAACUGAUCAAAGUGAAUUUGUAUUUUGUAUUUUGUAUUUUGAUAUAAAUUUUUUUUUUUUUAUUUAGCAAGGUAGGUCUCGUCCUGUGUAUAGUA